AGGGCAUUCUCCUGCCCUGUCCCCAGAAGCCCCUUCCCUUUUGGUGUCUUUCCCAGAAAAUGGUUACCCAGCUUCCUUGUUAGGGCCUUGUCACACAGUGAGACAGUCCACGAGUUUAACCUGGGCUGACAGCCAAAGUGGCUCUUCCCAAAGCCUUUAGUGUCCAGCCAGGCAGCCAACUGGGGUCCAGUGCCCACUGCCCUCUUUCCACACACAUACAGCUGCGAAGGGGCUCACCUCCUCCCACCCUCAGGACCCCAAACCUUCUUUGUCCUCCCCCAAACCUCCUCAUCUGGCCAAAACUGCAGAGGAGCAGAGAGGGAGGGCCUUCCCCAAACCCUCUGGGGGUGGGCGGCAGCUGCCAUGCUGUUUCCUCAGCCUCUCCCCACCGCCAUUUCUCUUCCUCGAAGCUCCACUUCUCUGUGCUUCCACAGUCAUCCAGUGUCCCUAUAACAUAGUUAGAAGUGGGGGGAGAGUUUAGUCAAGGCCUGAGAACCGCCCCCCCCCAAAAACUCAUGAAGUCCAACUCUUACUGGUGUUCGUUUGGUCUUCCCGAGCCCACAGAGUGGUGAAAAGGUCUUCUUUUUCGACUGCCCUCUCCCUCUCUGACCGUCUGGUACCCAUCUAUGGUCAAUUUGCCUUGAAUCUCCCUCAACGGGGCUACCUCCAAAAGGGCCCAAGCCAAACUGGCCAGAAUAUUCCAGAAACAGUAUUUGAGAGCAAUGUUAAUUGGCCUGUCCUGCUGUCCACCAAUCAGGAGGGCUGGAACGUACAGAAUCUUUUGCCUAAUAAAUAUCACCAUAGUUUCAAUUUUGAGUGAGAUUCUAGAUUCUUGGCACAGGUUAUAUGAGCAGCGCUCACACCGCUGAGAUCAUUUUAGUCUUAGCAGACCAGUGGGUGUAGCAGGUUCGAAAUGUUCUGGGGGAGAGCAAAUAGUUCUACUUAGGGCAGGACAGCUAACUUUAAAACCUCAGUAGGUAGAAGUCUGAGGAGCCUGUUAAAAGGCUUACUCCCUUUUUUAGUUGACCUCAAAGGGUCAAGGAGUUCUGGGUAUUCCUGGAAGGAAUGUUUCCUGAGCCAUGAAUAAAAAUCCCAGUUUACAAGGAAAGGAGCUCAGCAGCCACUUUUUGAGUCUGACAGAAAUUGGCGAUCUUCUGUGCCUGUCCUUUCCCAAGAAGCUUUGGAAGAUAGUAGAAAGCGACCACUUUAAGUCCAUCCGUUGGGAUGAGAAUGGAGACUGUGUAGUCAUUGAUGAAGAGUUUUUCCAAAGAGAAGUUCUGGAUAGGAAAGGGCUCAUAAGGAUUUUCGAAACUUCUAGCCUGAAAAGCUUCAUCCGACAGCUCAAUCUCUACGGAUUCUCUAAACUUCGCAUAAACGUGUCUUCAGCUCACUCUCACCAGGGGAUGAAAAAAGUGAUGAUUUAUCGGAACUCCAAUUUUCGAAGAGAUUGCCCUUUUCUGAUUCAAAGAAUUAAAAGAAGAGUGGGCAUUAGAAACAGGGCUCAACCCAACCCUGUCUCUCCCUUACCAAAAAGAAAGAAGCCGAGGGUCCUGAGAAGACAGUUCUCCUUUAGGGAGGUAAGAAUGGCUCGUUAUAGAAAGUGGGUAAUGGCCAAACGAGUGAAGAAGAAGGUGCUGAAGAAAUUUGGGCAUUUUCAGAAGAGGAGCCUUAAGACCUACGCCCUACAAGCAAGAACUUUCGAGAAUUCAGCUGGUCAUUCCAGACAAAUCCAACCACGAGUUCUCCCUAGGAAAGCCCCAAAUAGUACUGGGUCAAGUCUUUUUAUUCCCCAAGAACCAGCUGCAUCAAUUGAUCCUUCCAAUAUGGGGCUGCUACCACCUUCAGUCUACCAGGACUUUACGUCCCUAAAUGCCCAAAUCACUACUUUAAUGUCUUUAUGUAACCCAUGGUUUGCUAUGUUUGUGGCUGCUGCUUCAUCCAUGCCUGUGUCAGAGCCCAACGAGCAGCAGGUGUCUUCUUCCGCCCAUCCUUGCCCAGCUUGCAACUGCUGCAACGGUAACGAAGCACCUUCAUCCAAGACAGUAACAACCCAGAGUCCACACAGCUCUUCUGAUUAAGUCGACUACAAUUUCGCAAUGACUACUGUCUCCUAUUUUUGUCUUUGUGUAAAAACCUAUACAAAUUAAAGUCUUAAAAUCCAAAGCAA